AAAAACAUCUCAAUCCAAAAUCCCACAAAAAUUCUCAAAAAAUGUUCAUCAAAUUUGCAAUUCUAUUUGUAUUUGUACCAUUUAUAGUUGCAAUUGAUCAUGUAAGUACAAGUACACCACAAGAACCGAUUCUUGAAUUGUACAUGCACGAUAUCUUGGGAGGAAAUAAUCCAACAGCUCGACCAAUAACCGGUUUAUUAGGCAAUAUUUAUAGUGGACAAAUACCAUUUGCUACACCACUUGGUUUUCAACCACCAAAAGAUGGUGUUGCAAUUCCAAAUGCUAAUGGUGCAAUGCCAACAUUCAAUAUCAAUGGUGUUCCAUUAGGAACAGGUCUAGCAGGCACAAUAUUUGCUGGAGGAAAUAAUAAUAAUAAUAAUAAUAAUGGACAAAAUGUGAAUACUCAAUUAGGCCCUGAUGGUCUAGGGCUAGGGUUCGGGACGAUCACGGUUAUCGAUGACUUCUUGACCUCGUCUCCUGAAUUAGGUACACAAAACCUUGGAAAAGCACAAGGAGUAUAUGUAGCAAGUUCAGCAGAUGGAAGUACUCAAAUGAUGGCAUUUACAGCUAUGUUUGAAGGAGGUGAAUAUGGUGAUAGUCUUAAUUUCUUUGGAGUUUUUAGAAUUGGAAGUACAAUGUCAAGAAUUUCAGUAACAGGAGGAACUGGUAAAUUUAAAAACGCGUGUGGAUUCGCGGAAAUACGUUCACUUAUACCAGCUGGUCAACAUGUUGCUGAUGGUGCAGAGACAUUGUUGAGGAUUGUUGUUCAUCUUACUUACUGAAUUUGCUUUAAUUUGAUGUAAUUUUGUUUGUGUGGAUUGUGUUUUGUUUGAUCACUAUGAAUAUUAUAGCUUUGGUUUUGUGUUA